GAAAGAGUCAGCAGAAAGAGAGAUCUAUCCUCCAAAUAUAGCGCAAGUGCACGAGGCCACCCAAACAUUCAUUUCCCAUUUCUCUUGCUCAACAAAUUUCCCCUGUAUCGUUUCCUCCGUUUCAUUCUCAACUCCACCAUGUCCGACCAGCUCAAAAUGGUAAGGGUUGAAAUAAAAGGAGUGGUGCAAGGGGUGUGUUACCGAGACUGGACGGUAGAGAAUGCAAGUAAACUAGGAUUAAACGGUUGGGUUCGUAAUCGUACGGACGGUUCUGUUGAAGCUGUUUUUUCUGGGAGUGUUGAUAAGGUUGAGGAUAUGGAACAACGUUGUCGAAGUGGGCCUAGUGGAGCUAUGGUCACGAGUCUCGGUUCGUUUCCUUGCUAUGAAGAUCCUGGCUCUGGCUUUCAGCGUAGACCUACUGUUUGAUCUGUUUUCGUUUUAUCUCUGUCUUGUGUAAUGCACUCAGUAAUUGUUUCUUUUAA